AGUCUAUAUAUACUUUAUACUAAAAAAUAUCUACAUUACAUUAUACAUCAUAUAUCAAAAAGACACAACACUUAAUUAUAGAUGGAUUUGAAGAUUCAAGAUCAUGAGAAACUAAUCUCAAUCAAAGUUGAAGAAUCAUUUUCACCCUCCAUCUCCAAGGAAUUAGAAAAACACUAUAUAGGUGUUCGAAAAAGGCCAUGGGGAAAAUUUGCAGCUGAAAUUAGGGAUUCAACAAGGAAUGGAAGAAGGGUUUGGCUGGGAACAUUUGAUACUGCUGAAGAAGCUGGUUUGACUUAUGACCAAGCCGCUUUUUGCAUGAGAGGUCCUUUAACUUGCCUGAAUUUCUCAGUAGAUAAAGUGCGCGAAUCACUAACAAAAAUGGAAUUUAACAAUCUUAAAGAUGGAUCGUUUUUGUCUCCUGUUGCAGCCCUAAAAGAGAAACACAAGAAGAGAUCAAGUAGAAUUUCAAGAGAAAAGAAGAAUAUUAAAGAAGAAGAAGAAGAAAAUGUGUUGAUAUUUGAAGAUUUAGGUCCUGAUCUAUUAGAUGAACUCUUAUCUGAGUACUCAUCUUGUUCAAAUUAAUCUACAAUAUUUCACAUUUGUAAGUAAUUUCUUGUUCAUGGUUUAAUUCUAUGUUGUUCGUACCUUCAAAAUAUUGUAAUAUCUGUGUCAGAUUCUCCAAGAAUACACUAUUUUUAGAGAAUCCAACAAUGAUAUUUUAUGAGAUGUGUGAAGCAACAUAGGUUUAAUUUACCAUUCUUUUUUAUUUGGUCCUUUUUUUUCUGGUCAAUAUUGUUUGUUUUGACAAUAACAUACUCGGAAUAACAUACUCGGUGUAAAUGG